UCGGGGCGGCGGGGACAUGGAGCCCUCCCCCGCCACGGAGGGCUCGGAGACCACUCGCCUGGUGAGCCCCCGAGACCACGGCGGCCCCAGCGGCAGCCUGCGUUUGAAGAGUCUCUUCACAGAGCCCCUCCCCGAGGAGCCCAAACUUGUGGAGAUGCCCUUCCAUCACUGCCACAGUGACCCCCUGCCGCAGCCAGGUCUCACCCCUGAGCGGCUGCAUGCACGGAGGCAGCUGUAUGCCGCCUGUGCUGUGUGCUUCGUCUUCAUGGCCGGGGAGGUGGUCGGGGGGUAUUUGGCACACAGCCUGGCCAUUAUGACUGACGCGGCCCACUUGCUGGCAGACGUGGGCAGCAUGAUGGGCAGCCUCUUCUCCCUUUGGCUUUCUACCCGUCCAGCCACCCGCACCAUGACUUUUGGCUGGCAUCGCUCAGAGACUCUGGGGGCUUUGGCCUCUGUGGUCUCCCUCUGGAUGGUCACGGGCAUCCUCCUGUACCUGGCCUUCAUUCGCCUGCUGCACAGCGACUACCACAUCGAGGGGGGUGCCAUGCUGCUGACCGCCAGCAUCGCAGUCUGUGCCAAUCUGCUAAUGGCCUUUGUGCUGCACCAGGCUGGGCCCCCCCACAGCCAUGGGUCUAGGGGGGCAGAGUAUGCACCGCUGGAGGAGGGGCCCGGGGAGCCCCUGCCCCUGGGGAACACCAGCGUCCGGGCGGCCUUUGUGCAUGUGCUGGGGGACCUUCUGCAGAGCCUUGGGGUACUGGCUGCCUCCAUCCUCAUCUACUUCAAGCCUCAGUACAAGGCAGCUGACCCCAUCAGCACCUUUCUCUUCUCCAUCUGUGCUCUUGGAUCCACGGCUCCCACCCUCCGAGAUGUUCUUCGCAUCCUCAUGGAAGGUACCCCUCGCAGUGUGGGGUUUGAACCUGUGCGAGAUACACUGUUGUCGGUGCCAGGAGUCCGGGCAACCCAUGAGCUGCACCUGUGGGCUCUCACGCUCACCUACCACGUUGCCUCUGCACACUUGGCCAUCGACUCCACGGCUGACCCUGAAGCUGUCCUGGCUGAAGCCUCAUCCCGGCUCUACUCCCGGUUUGGGUUCUCCAGCUGUACCCUGCAAGUCGAGCAGUACCGGCCCGAGAUGGCCCAGUGCCUGCGCUGCCGGGAGCCCUCCCAAGCCUGAGCCAUGACCCCCUCACCCCCACCCCACUGCCAGGCCCGGGCUCAGCCCUGGACUUUCAGCAUCUGCCUCCCUGAUCACCGAGAAGGGACUGAGCUGGGCCCAUACCCCUUCCUCUCUCUCUCCCUCCACCCGCCAAAUGCCCGAACCCCAGCCCCAGUGGGCAAGACCAAAGUGUGUGGGGGGAGUGGGGCGGGAGUUCACACUGCACAGAUGUGACCAGUUCAGGAGCGGGGACUCCUGGGCCUCAGUGCAAUGGGGGGUGUGUAGAAGUCCUGUGGUCCCCACUCCCCCUGGUCUGGGAAGCCAUGAGUGUCCUUUCCAUAUAGCCCAUUGCCUGCAAUGCAGGCAGGCUGGCGGGCUGGCUGGCUGGCUGGGGGCGUCUGCCUGUCUGUGUGCUGUUGGUGUGCCUAUGCCUGGGGGAGGUCAGUAGGGGCCCCCUCCCCAUGUGGCCCUCGCUCUGUCUAUGCAGGGGCCCCAAAGCCUGCACUUUGUCCGUGUGUCCUAGCCCUGUGGUUUUGUCUCUACGUGUGUGUGUUUCUUGGUGCUGUGGCCUGUGUAUCUCUGUGCCCGUGUGGCUGUGCUACAGUCUCUCUGAGUCUGCUCCAUCCUUGUGUCCGUUUGGGGGUCUGUGUGUCCAUCCUUCUGUUGGUGCUG